ACUCCUGGAGCUGCAGCUCACGCAGCAGGCAGGUACCUGCUUCUGCACCUGUCUCUUACACCUGCUCUGCAGCUGCUCCUUCCCACCUCUCCAGGCUGAGUCUGGCCUGCUGCGCGACACCCUGGAGACACCCUCUCCUCCUCCAGUCUCACCUGCCUGGGCAGCUCCUACAGUCAACUCUAGGGAAAGUCGCGCCUCCAGCCCAGAGCAGUCCGGAUUACAGCAGAAAGCUCUGCCUGGGUUUAGGGACCGCCAUGACUGAAGUUGGUUGGUGGAAGCUGACCUUCCUCCGGAAAAAAAAAUCCACUCCCAAAGUGCUCUACGAAAUCCCGGACACCUACGCCCAGACGGAGGGAGGUGCAGAGCCCCCAGGACCCGACGCAGGAGACCCUCACAGCGACUUUAACAGCCGUCUGGAGAAGAUUGUGGACAAGAACACCAAAGGCAAGCAUGUCAAAGUCUCCAACUCAGGCCGCUUCAAAGAGAAGAAAAAAGUCCGGGCCAUGUUGGCAGAGAACCCCAAUCUCUUUGAUGACAGAGAGAACAAAGGACAAUGAAAGUGGCCGAAGAGAACCAUAGCGCCGCCCUGCUCCCUGCCACUGGUGGGGUCUGAGGCAGGAGCUUUCCACGCUGGCCUCUUUGGUCAUAGCCACGUGGCGGUUGAUCCCUGCUGGCAGGAACACCCGGUUCUUAGGUUUGUAUUUAUGUGCCCCGACUUUACGAAGAGCCUCCUCCUCCCCAUGAUCACAUACAAAGACACUCUGGUCCAGCAUGAAAACUGAGACCUAGAAGUACUGCUGUCCUUGACACAGUGGCUUGGCUCACAGGGAGGUGGCAAUGGCAGAGAAUAGACAGAGAACAGGCCGGACUCCACCCUCUCCCCAGGUAACGGGUGAAGCGUGAAUUUGAUUCGCUGCUCCCUCGACUUUCUCUACCGGUGACUGUUCCCUGGGCCAAUCCAGGGAGAGCAGAGUUUCCAGAAGUCACGUGACCGUGGUUUCCUUGGUGCCAGAGUUCUUAAGCUUGAGAUCACCUCUUAAUUCAAGGAGUAAACUUCCUGGAACUUUGCUCCCAAGAGUGGAGGGGCAAAGGACGCGGCCACUCCCCGGGGUGCUACUGAAGGCUGGCCCAGAAAUACUCCUGACCUUGACCACCACUUGUGUGGGUGCUGAAUAACAUACCCCCAAAGAGAGGCCUCACUGGCCGGCCCAAGGGUUCAAACUGGAGGAGUGGAUGGGUUUCCCUGACUCCUUCCCUGAUAGUAUUUAAGACAGAUGAGCUCCAGGAGUGAAUCCUGGAGCCUCGAAUUUUGUUGGAAAAUUAGGUUUUACUUAGGAAUAAACAAGGCUGCAGAAA